AUGGAUGGCUCUUUUCGGCUAAUCCUCAAUCUGAAACGACCUAACAUACAUGUUGAAUAUCAACAUUUUAAAACAGACACCCUGAGGUCAGCCAUAAAUUUGAUGACGCCAAACUGCUAUAAGGCCUCGGUCGACCUAAAAGAUGCCUAUGGUUCAGUGCCAACUCGCUAUUGUGAUGAAAAAUACUUCAAGUUUGAAUAGAUGGGUCAGCUUUACCAACUUAGAUGUUUUCCCAAUGGACUGGCUUCCUGCCCGCGGAAAUUUACAAAACUAUUAAAGCCAGUUCAUGCUACUUUAAGGCAGUCCGGUCACUUAUCAUUCUCUUAUAUAUAUGAUUCAUACCUUCAAGGCGAUGACCUCAAUGACUGUGCCACUAAUGUCAUAGCCACCAUAACAUUGUUUGAUUCAUUAAGGUUUGUAAUCCACAACUUAAAAUCUGUACUUGUGCCAUCACAGAGAAUCACCUAUUUGGGUUUUGUUCUUGACUCAAUAGAAAUUAAAAUUUACCUGACCCAGGAAAAAGCACAGACACUUAAAUAUGCAUGUGAGAAAACACUUGCCUGUAGCAACCUUUCGAUAAGGGCUUAUGACAGCCAGCUCCCCAACUGUCAUAUAUGGCCCUUUACACUUUAG